AUUCUACAUAUUCUACAAAUCUGACUCAAUUCAAACGAGCCCAGUUACAUAUACACGUAUUUAUCAGAUCUAAAAAAUCAAAUUGAAUUCAAGAAAAAUUGAACUCGUAUAUAUUUUUGUCAAUCCUAAUUUAACGUCGGUGUAAGAAAGGGAUUGGAUUCUGCAAUUUGCAGCGACUUAGCAAAAAAGGAAAAAAGAAAAAAAAAAGGAUGCGAUGGUGAGGCUAACAGGGAAGCAGCAGCAUACACCGGGAACAAUAAGAUUUCUGUUGAUAUGCAUUGGUAUCGGUCUUUUAUUGAUCGGUCUCAUUGCCGAUAUUUUCUGGGCUUCAUCUUCUCGUUUCAAGCUUUCAUCUCUUUCGAUUUCUCAUUCAUCUGAUUUUCCCGCUACAUUUCCGUUAAUGUUCACUGAGCCUCUUAAUUCGUCGGCAAACCAAAAACCCAAGGAGAAGAAUGUUAAAGAAAAGAGUAAAGAUGGUAGAGUUUUAUCGGCUACUUUUGCUGAUUUGCCUGCUCCUCAACUUAAAUGGGAAAAGAUGGCGCCUGCUCCUGUUCCUCGUUUAGAUGGUGCUGCUAUUCAGAUUAAGAAUCUUCUUUUUGUAUUUGCUGGCUAUGGUACCAUUGAUCAUGUGCAUUCACAUGUUGAUAUAUACAAUUUUACGGAUAAUACAUGGGGAGGAAGAUUUGAUAUGCCAAAAGAAAUGGCACACUCACAUUUAGGCAUGGUGACGGAUGGGCGAUACAUUUACAUAGUCACUGGACAAUACGGUCCUCAAUGCAGAGGGCCUACAGCUCACACAUUUAUUCUUGAUACUGAAACAAAGAAAUGGAGUGACAUGCCCCCUUUGCCUGUCCCUAGGUAUGCACCAGCCACUCAACUUUGGAGAGGUAGACUUCAUGUGAUGGGUGGAAGCAAGGAGAAUAGGCAUACACCCGGAUUAGAGCACUGGAGUCUCGCUGUAAAGGAUGGGAAAGCGUUAGAAACGGAAUGGAGGAAUGAAAUACCCAUUCCACGGGGUGGACCUCAUAGGGCCUGUGUUGUGUUUAAAGAUCAUCUUUAUGUUAUUGGCGGUCAAGAGGGUGAUUUUAUGGCCAAACCUGGAUCGCCUAUUUUUAAAUGCUCUCGAAGGAUGGAGGUGGUAUAUAGUGACGUAUACAUGCUGGAUGACGAAAUGAAGUGGAAAACGUUACCUCCGAUGCCAAAACCAGAUUCACAUAUCGAAUUUGCUUGGGCUAUUGUUAACAAUUCUCUGGUUAUUGCUGGAGGCACAACCGAGAAACACCCUAUAACAAAAAAGAUGAUUCUGGUUGGAGAAGUGUUUCAGUUUAAUCUAGAUACACUGGAGUGGUCUGUGAUCGGAAAACUUCCUUACCGAGUGAAGACCACACUUGUCGGAUUCUGGCAAGAAUAUUUGUAUUUCACGUCCGGGCAACGAGACAGAGGUCCGGAUGAUCCGGCACCGAGGAAAGUGAUCGGAGAAAUGUGGAGAACGAAGUUAAAACUGAACCCGUAAUCUUCGGUUACGAUACUCGGCUUCCUAUCUGAUCGAUAUUCAUCUCGAAUCGAAAUCAAAUAUCUGUUAAACCUUCUUAUGGAAACAUUGUUUUAUUAAUUAGGUUUUUUAGGCAACAUUCAUCUCUUUUUGGUAUAGUUAUUACCACUGGAAGACUGUAAUAGAUAGGCAAUUAUUUAAUAUUUGUAAUUUUAAUUACUUAAAAAGAAAAUUAAAUUGUUCUUUUUCACGCUUCUUUUAAACUUUUACGAAUUUAUAUAUUAACUUUGGUUCAAUGUACAA